AUGUUCAACGAAAUCUUUUCCCAGGGAAUAUUCCCAGAUUCAUGGAAAACCUCGCUGGUUAUAUUCAUACCCAAGCCUGGCAAUAAGGCUCAGGCAGGCUUCAGGCCUUUCAGGAGCUGCGACGAUAAUCUAGCCGUUCUUACAACAGCAAUCAGAACUGGCUUCUUCGAGCACUCUGUCACGGUUGCGGCUUUUCUGGACAUUGCAAGUGCGUUUGACAACGUGGAUCCGUUUAUCCUCUUGGAGGAUCUGAAGGACAUAGGAAUUCCAGCUCUCUUUAGUAAAUUUGUGGAAAACCUGAUUAGCAUCAGAACCAUGUUUUUCGUGGUCGACGGCGAAUCUCAAGGACCUUAUUUAACAUACAAAAGCACUCCACAAGGCUCUACUUUGAGCCCUCUACUAUUUGACAUUUAUCUCAGGAAUCUGGGUCAACACUUACACCCUGAUACCCGUUUUCUGCAAUACGCCGACGACGUGGUACUCUACUCCACACAUAGAGACCCGAGGAUUGCUGCUGAAUCGGUUCAAGCUUCACUCAACAAGUUGUACGAGUAUCUUAAAUACAGAAAUCUGGAAUUAUCUCUCGGCAAGUCUAGCUGGAUUUGUUUUUCGCAAGGGUCUGCGAAAAAAAUCUCAUCAAAAUUAGUAAUUAAUGGGAAUCAGGUCCCCAGAGUUCAUUUUCAGCGCUUUUUAGGAGUUAUUCUGGAUUCCGGUCUUAAGGGUGGUCACCAUCUUAAAUACCUCAUUGAAAAAGGUAAAAAAAUCUCUGGCAUUAUUGCUACCUUAUCGGGUGUUACUUGGGGCUCCCAUCCAGGUCUUCUGCUCACUCUGUAUAGAGCUAUCUUCCGCAGUGCGGUGGAAUACGGGUGCCGUUAUUUCACAUGGUCCUCUUCCUCGCCGAGUUACCUCAAACUGUUGCGUUUGCAGUAUAGGGUGAUUAGGGGAGCUAUGGGAUAUCGCAUUUCGACGCCGAUCAAUGUUAUGUUAGCUGAAGCAAAAGAAAUCAGCUUUGACAUUAGACUUAAUUUAACUACUUCGAGAUUUAUUUACAAAGCCAUGGCAAGCAGGUUUAGCUUGGUCUACCGUUCCCUGGAGGAAAUGGAGUUAGCGAUUACCAGUAGGAAUUGUAGGAUCGAUGCCAUCAGCAAAUCUAGACUCUUCAAACAUUACGUUACCAGUCGCGGAGAGAACAUCAUUCAUCGAUCCACCUACCCACCUGCUUACUGGCACUCCUAUGAGGUCCUUACUCUACAAAUAAAUUACAUUAGCGAUUUAAAGGGCUACGAUAAGAAGGAUAACCUCAGCUUGAUCAAGGCGGAUUUCUAUUACAAAUCCUUUAAUUACAGACAGGAUGCUGUCUCCUGGUACACUGACGGAUCAAAGAGUCAGGAUGGCGCGGUGGGCGCAGUGGUCUUCACGCCUGACAUGGAGGGAACAAUAAAACACAAAUUACCUUCUGAAACUUCAGUAUUCUCGGCGGAACUAUGGGCCAUACUUCAGGCCAUUCAGCUAAUUGGGGAUCUCAACACCAAGAAGAACGUUAUCUUUUCGGACUCGGAAAGUGCAUUGGAGGCACUCAGCAACUCCACUAAGGCUCAUCGCAACUACAUAAUCUAUUACAUUAAACAGGCUUAUCUCAACAUUAUCAAACAAAGAAAUAAUUUUUUUCUGGGUGCUUGCUCACGUCGGGAUCCCAGGCAAUGA